UAGUUCCGGGACUGCGCGAAAAGUGCGAUAAGUUCCGGUACGGUACAUGCAAUUAUCGUGAACAGGUGUAUACGUGCAGUUGUCUACGGAUGGCUUUGUACACGUUUGGUUAGGGUUUGUUUUUAAACAGGUCUAACAUUUUGCAAUCAUGUAAUUUAUUCGUGAUGAAGCUAUGGAUUGGAUGACCAAUUGUGCAUUUGUUGCUGCCGCUAGCUUAGCCACUUUUCAGCUGAAUUUGAUGAGGCUACGACGUCAGUGAAUGAUUGCCCACAACACGACACCAUGCAUAAGUAUCGAGUCCUUGGUAAGAAAGGCGAAGGGACCUUCUCUGAGGUGCUGAAAUGCCAGCACAUCAAGGAUGGGACGUAUUACGCCUGCAAGAAGAUGAAACAGACAUAUGACAGUUUGGAGCAAGUCAAUAACCUACGAGAGAUCCAGGCCAUGAGAAGACUGAGUCCACAUGAGAACAUUCUGGAACUGAUUGAAGUCAUCUUUGAUAAAAAGACAGGGACGCUAGCCUUACUAUGCGAGCUUAUGGACAUGAAUAUCUACGAGUUAAUACGAGGAAGAAGGCAUUACCUGGCUGAAACGAAGGUGAAAUCCUAUAUGUAUCAACUGUUGAAAUCCUUGGAUCAUAUGCACAGGAAUGGAAUCUUUCACAGAGAUGUCAAGCCGGAAAACAUACUUGUCAAAUUGGCCCGAGAAAAGGAUGACUUGUUGAAGCUGGCAGAUUUCGGUUCAUGUCGCAGUGUAUAUUCCAAACAACCCUAUACGGAGUACAUAUCAACAAGAUGGUAUAGGGCACCAGAAUGCCUCUUAACGGAUGGCUACUACACAUACAAGAUGGAUCUAUGGAGUGUGGGUUGUGUCUUUUUUGAAGUCCUAAGCUUACACCCGUUGUUUCCUGGUGCCAAUGAGGUAGACCAGAUUGCCAAGAUCCACGACAUCAUGGGCACUCCAGAUGCCAGCAUUCUUAACAAACUCAGAAAUAAAACAAGAGGGAUGAACUUCAAUUUCCCACCCAAGAAAGGCACGGGGAUCCAGAAGUUACUGCCCCAUGCCUCCCAGGAGAGCAUAGAGCUCAUCUUCCAGCUGUGUACAUACGAUCCGGAUGAGAGAAUAUCAGCCAAACAGGCUCUCAAACAUCCCUACUUCAAGGAUGUCAGAGAUGCUGACAAGAGGAAACACCAGCACGCCGCGGUGAAGAAAGCGGAGGAGGAAUCUGGCAAGAUGUCACCCAACUCAGUUGAUGAGGUCAACGCUAAGACCAAUAACAACAACAACAUCAUCAGCACCAAGGAGGUGGAUGUAACGUACCAACCACAGCAGAGGAGAAGGAGGAAACCUCGGCGAUUCCAGGAGCCAGACAAGACGUAUCACACAACCAGCCUCCUGCCCAAGGUGGCCCAGUCCAGCCAGAUCACGGCCUCCAAUGUCAGCAGUUUCCCCACUAUGUCCUCCUUCCCUUCCAGUACCUUUCCCAAGCUGCACACGGGGCCCUCCAUGCUGCCCAGUAUAGCUAACUCUCACUACAAUAAACACCAUCAGCACUCCAAAAAGACAACCACCUUCCAACAACCAACAAAAACUAUCUACGGUCACUACCAGCUUCCGUCCAUACACAAAGGAAAGGGGACACAGUUUUGAGCCACUGGAUCCCCCCCCUCCCCCCACCCACCUCCCGUUUCCGGUUCAUGUCUUCCUCCCGAUUGGUCGUCAGUAUCCAUGGAAACGCAUACCGUGAUUGUUUUAGAUGUGCUCGUGCCCAUCCACGUUUCGUUUACAAUUAUAAACCGACUCGUGAAAUGAAUAAUGGCGGAGACUACGUAAAACAAAAUAGUUGCGCUUGAACUUCUUCAACAUGUCAAGCAGGCCAGUGCAUUAUCACAGAUGGUGAAUUGGAAUGUGUGCUCAUUUUUUUUGGAAAUUCUUCAACUGUUUGAACACCAUGCGAUAAACAAGGGAAGCUGUUGCAGGCUCCUCGCAACAAUAUCUAGUGUGAAGGACACGUACACUUGUUGCUGGUCAACGUUUCUGGAGUCCAGAUGUGUAACCACCGGAGGCCGUUCUUCAAUGUUGCUGUUUUUCAACGUUCACAGAGUCCACAGCAGUUUUUUUGACACCAUGCGAAAUGGAAUGAUCCGUUAAGCGCCACCCAUUGCACACACACGGGCAUCUACCACGUGCGCAUAUCCAAUGCCACACUGCACGUUCCAGCCGUGCGCGUCAUACGUGCGUGCACGCAUGUCAGACUAUCGUGAGCACGCGCGUCAGACAUUAGUCCUGGUUGUGAUUGGUUGAAACACCAUUGGGCAUGGUCCAUUGUAAACCUCUUCAGUUUUGGCCAAGUCUGUGUCCAGAAUCAGGCUGGCAAUGCAUCUCGGGGGAAACAUCACACCAACUAGUUUUGCAUCUUGUGUGGGAUUCUGUCACUGAAACACCCAUUGGAUAGUUUUCUUCCAAUGGAUUUUGUAGGUUUUUUUGCAAUUAAUGACUUUUUAAGGACGAUGCACAGUCUACAUUGAAUGGUAAUUUUGUUCCAGUCAUUUAUAGUUCUUAUUGUGCAUUCUAAAGCCAUAUGUUACGCCACCCUUUUAUGAAGUAGAUAUAUUUCAAUGCAGAAUCUGUAAUGACGAGUCAGUCCAUAAUUGUAGAUUUUUGUAACAGUGAACUUGAACGUAGACUUGCCACAAAUAUUAACCCAAGCGGUAGUUGGCCAUAACAGUGUCUGUUGGCUGACUUGUGUGUUCCUUAAAAACCUGAAAAGUCCUUGCAGCCUUCAAACUUGGAAAGUUGUAAAACUGAGGCUGACGUGAAUCGUUACGCUGGCCUCAGGUUGACCUGUGAUUUGCUUGCGCAGCGACGGAACUAGCCUUGGUCAAUAGUGUACGUGAUGGUAUCUAGCCGCUAAAAAUAUAAACACUAGCUGUAUGCUAUGCACUCUAUGAAGUGCGAACAGUGACCUCAUGCGGCUACAAUAUGCAUAUCAGCUGGCGAAGGAUGAACAUUCGUUCUUCCCCAGCAACUGAUUAACGCCUUGACCAAGGCUAGUUCCGUCGUACUUGUAGGAUUAGAAGGCACCUGUGUGCCGUCUAAUUCUACAAGCAGUUUCGACGCAGGUCGAUAUGAGGCCGGCUUUGUGUAUCAUUGUAGUUUGAUCCAAACUGCGUUUUUAUGAUAAAUGCCUUUUGAUAUUCUAAAUAAUGAAUUCAAUUCACAGACCUCAUCUUUUGAACAUUCCUUUUUACAUUUUUUUAAAAUUCAAAAUUAUAAAUAUGUUCAAUGUUGACUUAUUUAUUCUAAACUCAAUUUUACCAUUUGAAAUCUCUGAUAUUUGCAGUGUUCAUUCAAAUACUGCCCAAAAAUCACUCUCUUGGUUGAAAACUUCCUUGAAAUUCAUUCAUUUGAAUAAGAAAAAGGUAUUGAAUGACAAGGUAGUACUCAAAAGUGUGAGAUUCAAAAUUGUAUUCAUAUGUGGUAAACUUUUAAUUGAAGGUUUUGGAACAAAAUCCGGUUCACUUAAUCCUAAACUUAGUGCACAUUAUGCAAAAUCAGCAAAAAUGAAAGCGCUGUUCCCACAAAUGUAGUUUUAUAGAGCUAUAGUUUUUUUUUUUUUUUGGGGGGGGGGGAACAGCAAUCCAUGUUUAAAUAUGCAUAGGUCUUUUAAAUGUAACAGUAAUUACAUGGAUUUAAUAAGUGUAUAAAUCCUGCAGAUACCGGUAGACAUGUAUGUUAUACCUACACAUUAUCUUCAAGCAAACUUGAAUCCUCGAUCCUGAUUGGUCGAUCCAUGGCAACAACAGUGUGAUGUCAUACCAAAUAGCAUGGUCGAUAUCGCACUCUGCGUAUCACGCCAUUCCAAGAUGCGUGCGCCAUUCCUUCUGCACGCCCGUAGAAUGCGAUAACUGCUGAAAAGUUUGUGAACAGGUUGCGUGUUCCAUCUUAACUGUGUCUCAAGUUAGCUUGAAGAUAAGUUCGUUAUCCCACUUGCGCUCGUAGUGCGUCUUGCACCUCACGUACCACUGGGUCUUCAGCCUCAUGGUAUUUGGGACACAGACGCACUAUAUUUUUCUAUGUUCCACUCGCGCUCGUGGGAUAACUAAUAACGUAGGCCCCGACAGCAUUGCACAUGCAGCAAUGUUUCCAUGUAGGAUUAACCCCAACAGAACUCAACCCAUCAAAUCCCAACAGCAUGUAUUGUUGGAAUCUGUCAGAAUGGGUACAGUACCCCUAAACUGACAAUCUUUUACAUUGGGUUGGCACACCUCCAGAAACUAAGUCAGAAAUAUGUGUGUGCAGUUUCCCAUAUGGUGUUGGAAUUUGCCAGGAUGGGUAUGGUUCCCAGUAAAUCAUGCUAGGGAGUUACGGUUAAUAGAAUUGCACUUCCCUGCGGUAAGAAUUAUAUACAUGAUCACCCAUCUGGAAAAGACUUGAGAGAAUGAAGUCCUUUUCCGUCCAACAGUAAUGGGAGAUUUGAAACUGCAUCCUGUGAUCCUCAAAUGAGCAUUCCAGUGCAAGUUACAUAAUAUGGUUUUGCCAACCAACAUGUAAAGAGAUGAAACAUUUCAAGUUUUUAAAUCCAGUUAAGACUGCUGGAGAGAGCAAAACGUCGAGAAAAAAAA